AUGUUCGACCAGUACUUCGGACCCAAGGUGAAACUCUGGAAUGCCUCCCCUGAAGGUGCCGUACUCAAAGUCGACGGGGAGUUUUCGGUCCGGGACCCAACCGUCGACAAACUCGAUCAUUGGCGGGAGACGGCCAAGUUCACCGACAAAGAGAGUUUCUUCAGGAGUCAUCGACAGGACGGAUCCAGGAGUCCUUCUGCUCCCAUUAUAUCCCAAGGAGAACUGUCAUCUUGGCUUCGAGGACGAGGCUUUGAGGUUGUCAUGUUCCGGAUCAUACUGAAAGGCCUUCCACCAGAGGUUGACCCGGCGUUUAAUGCGCAAAAGUAG